GUGGUGCUCUUUUUCUUUUUCCUCACUUUUGCUUAAGAGUUUGGGUUUUCUCGUCAGACAUCAUGCCGUCGUCGACCAUAAAGAAUAUAAAUGUCACUUUUAAAUCAAUGAAUAAUAAGUACACCUUGACAUAUGGAGACACGUUUGCAGGUGAGGUGACGGUGGAAGUGGAAAAGGAAUGCCGGAUCAACUCCCUGUACAUUGCAUUCAAGGGGAAAACGAACGUAAUGUGGACCGAGCCGGGCAUCAACAGCACUAAGUUUUACCAUGCCAAAGUCAAGUACUUCAGCGUCAGACAGUACUUCGUUACCAAGAAAACACCAAACGGAAACACCCAGAUAGUACUGAAAAACCAAAGUGGAGAAGCAUACUCAAAUGUUUUGACUCCAGGAACUCACGUCUAUCCAUUCUCCUUUCAGUUCCCUAAUGAGGGCAUUCCUUGCUCCUUCAGCGGCAGACAUGGAAUGACGUCAUACUGCCUGGAGGCUGUUCUGAGCAGAACAAUGAAGAGGAACAAGAAGAGCUGGAUCCCGAUAAGUUUUGCUGCAAAAGCAGACAUAAACUCAAUCCCUGGGUUGAUGGAACCUGUACAUGAAUCGGUGGAAAAGAAGAUGAAAGUUUUCACGUCAGGAAGUGUCGCCAUGGAUGUUAAACUUGAGCGAUCAGGUUUCUUCCAAGGAGACGACGUGAGCGUUUUAAUUAGGAUUCAGAACAAUUCACCCCACGAUGUGAAGCCCAAGUACUCUAUAUACAGGAAGGACAGUUUCUUUGCAGGGGGGAAGAGAAAAUGCGUGACGACAGACAUAAUCAAAGAGGAGGGAACACCCAUCCCUCCAUCUGCCUCAGAAAACGUUGCAAAUGUCUUCACCAUUCCCAAAGAUCUGCAGCCCUCCAUGCUCAGCUGUAGCAUCAUCAAAGUCGAGUACAGGUUCAAGGUCUACCUUGAUGUGAAGCAUGCUUUAGACCCAGAGAUUAAAGUUAAUAUAGUCAUCCUGCCAGCCUCUGAAGUGCCUUCUGUGGAACCUGCUGCCGACUUCACAAAUGGCUCACAGGGGAACUGUGGGAAUCCUGACCAUCCAGCCAGGGGCUUUGCACGUCCAUGUCCACCAGCAGAGCCCUCGACUUCUAGUGGUCCUACCUAUGGGGCAUUUGGAACGAACCAUCCUUGGAAUGAUGUUUCCUAUUAAUAUUAAACAUGACAAAAAGACAAUUAUAGCUGCUUUUAAAGGUUAAAAACUAACAACUAACAUACCAGAUUGAGACAAUUUUACAUAAAUAUUCUAUUUCUUACAUAAUUUCUGUAUUUUAACUUUAUCUUUGUCAUUAAUAAUAGAUCAUAUAGUAAUGCUCUAUCACAAAUUUGGAUAAU